AUGGAUUAGUCCGGAAGUGGCAUGUGUCCUGCUCCAACGGAGAUCCGGCAGAAAUGGCCACGGGAACAGACCAGGUGGUUGGAUUUGGCCUGGUGGUUUUCAGUCUUGUGACCUUCAUCUACUACACCAUUUGGGUGAUCAUUCUGCCCUUCAUAGACAGCGAUCACAUCAUCCACAAGUACUUCCUGCCCAGGGAGUAUGCCAUUAUCAUCCCUCUAGUGGCUGGCCUCUUCUUGUUGCUGUUUGUGGGGCUGUUCAUCACUUAUGUAAUGCUGAAGAAUCGGAAACCAGCCAAGAAGACAAAUUGAGGGAGGAGACAUAGCCAGACUUGGGGAGGAAGCUGGAGGUCAGAUCUUGGACCCCGACCCCAUGUGCUGUAUCCCAGCAGGGCGUGGAAGAGACUCUGGGGACAGGGAUUAGAGAGGAUCCUGUGCCCCUGUUCUCACCACCACCUCUCAGGCCACGGUGGGCGGGGGCAGGGGGUGCAGUCCUGAUCUAAGGACACAACUGAUAAACCUCAGCAUCCCAGAUGCCUCCUGAAAGGUGUACAUUUUGGUUCUGUGGCACUGGCCUGAAUUGAGUUCUAUCUAUGACUGCCUGCCUCCUUCAUCCUGGGAUCCAGCCCUUGUGGGAAGAGCAAGAGGAGGGCAUUCCAGCUUUUCUUCCUAGGCCCCUCUCCCAGUUUUAUGGGCGAAAGAGACAGCAACCUCCUUCCAUCUCUCCUGUCCCGCUCAGGCUCUGCAAAUGAGCUUUCCUUCACAUUCCUAUAGUUCCCUUCCCUUCUCUACCUCUGGCUCAGUGGGAAGUCAGCUUUUCAGAGGCUGACACAACCUUGGGCUCAUCCUGGGAUACAGGCUGUACUAGACAAAUCCCUGGCCCUAAAUUCACUUCCCUGGGAACAAGACUAGAUCCCAGCCUGGUGAAAGGGCCAAAGAGAGGGAGAUGCUCAGUGCAGGCUGUGAAAACUGUAGAAACUUUGUGGACCAAACUCCUGGCACUGCCAGGGAUAAAGGCCUGACAGAUAUUGUUUGUCCAAUGUGCUGUGUCACACUCUGUACCCAUCUGACCUCCAUGUGGUCCCUACACCCCACCACAGCCUCUGUGCUGCUGAGCGUCCAGCUUCAUCUCUGUGUUUCAAUAAAUAUUUAAUACGUG